GGGUAUUUAUGAUUUUUUUAAAAUUAAGUGGGAAGAAGAUGCCGUUUUACGAGCAAGCCGAAGAUCGCCUCGUCCAUUACGUGCUGAAGGCUACCAACAACCUAUAACUAUUGCAGAUUCUGAUAUUCAUGAAAUUCAACCACAAUCUUCUACGAUAGACCAAUUAUAGAUGCGGCACCACGGCCAAAGAGACCAGUUGGAUAUGUUAGAGUGAGGCAUCGUAUAAUUGUAGACGAGGUAUUACUUAUUGAAACAGAUCUUUUAUGAGUAUAAAAUUAAAGUUGGCACGCUCUAGAUUACAAGCGCGUACUUCUGGGGAAUCAUCAGCAACUUCAACUUCGCACUUGGCAGAUAAUACUGACUUACCGGAAGGUCAGCAAAUACCAGCAGAUACACCACAAGAAGCAGCAGAAUAUUUUAGGGGUUUUAAAACUCCUGGUGGUUUAACUGUUAAAGAGCUGGAAGCUCGAAAAAGAACAAUUGUGCUUCUACCUACUACGUUUAAAGAAAGUGAGGAGAUUUGUAACUGCUGUCUGAAUGGUUAUAAACCCGGCCAAUCUAUCAUUUUUGCAAAAUGUGGCCACAAGUAUCAUCUAAAUUGCUUUUAUGAUUUUGUAAAAAAUUGGAGAGCUUGCGCUCUCUGUAGGAAGGACAUGGCUACGGGUAAGAAUUUAUAA